AUUUCAUUAUGUGAAGUUGUGCUUGGCCUAAUCCAAAAUUGACAAGUUACAGAUGACUUUAUUUACCUUUGAACUGGUUUGACAACUCUAAACUUAUCCCUGAUUUAAUGGCAGGUUGCUGAAUCCAUUCGAAUUGUUUAGAUCCAAGGUAAUUUCCUACUCUGCAACUUGAAAGUAAAUAACACGAAUUUGCGUAAGAUUGUACAUGUUUCACUUACUAAAGAAGUGAAGAAUAAAGGCAAUAAAAUUUACAAGAGUUAUGAUUUGCUUGCUGAUCCUGCUUCAGACGUUAAGCAGACAUGCAAAAAUAAACAUGUAAUGUGAACAGAUCAAGUCAAGAGACACAAAAAUGAGUUGGACGCCUGUUACCCCCCGUAAUUGACCCCUAAGCUCGGGGGAAUCAGAAACUAUUGUAUCUUUUCUAAAACAGCACUGUCCCUUGAUUUCCACAAUAAUGUUUGCUUAUGAAACCUUUUUUCACUUGGUUCUGGUCUCUUUCUGAUUGCAUUACAAAGGGGAACAAAAAGAAAAGCCCUAGGAUGAGUCAUCGAAUUUCUUAGCCUGGAGAAAACUAUCAGAUAGAAAGCCAAUGAGCUAAUGAUGACUAGCAUUUUCUGGAUGCCCUAUAAAUCAGUCUGUUCCAGGUAACCCCUGUGGUGUUAGAUCAGAAAAGUGACCACAUCCAGUUCCGAUUUUCAACUAAAUAUUGCAAAAAGCCGCAAACUUUUCACCCAAAAUCAAAUAAGUUGAAUCAUUUCAAGAAAAUUAAUCAAUCUUGCUAUACAUAAUGAAUUCUUAGAUGAGAACAAAAGGGGUUACCUGGAACAGAAUGAUAGCCACGAGCAUAGUAUUCAGAAGGUUCAAGUACUGAUCCAGGUGGAGGAACUGGCAGAGGAAAACCAAGUACUGGUUGAGGAGGUGGUAUACAAUGGUAUGGCAUGCUUUAGGAUUUGGAAGCACUUUAUUAAUAACUCCAUUUAUCAUCUUACAUAGGGAAAUAUAUUUUUUCAUUUGAUAAGAUACUUUGCCUUGAUUUGUAGAAACUAAAUUUUGCACGUCUUCUUUAGUCUACAUCUUAGGAUAUUGUAAAAAUGGAAAUUGGAGUCAGUUACUCCCUUUGAUUUUGAAAAGCAUGACAUGCAAACAGAUUGUCCACCAAGGACUUUUCCGUUUUGAAUUCUAUACGUUUGCAAUAUUUCCGUUAUAGUAACUUGUUACAUUUUUAUUGAUUUACUUCUAUUUGAAUCUAUGUUUAUCAUCUCUUCAUGUUCUAAUAAUGUUAGCAGGUUUCUUGCUAUUGGAAACACAAGAAUAGGUAUUAUUUCUCCACCCUCAAACUUGCUUCAAUUAAUGUGAUAUUUAUACUAUUGUUAGUUGAAGUUGCUCGGUUUAAAAUUUUAAAAAGAAAAAUAGUUUAUGUUUUGUGAAUAUUACAUUCUUGAUCAUCUUUAUUAUUAUACCAAAAGAACACUAAUUAUAUAAAAACAAAUAGCAUUUACGUCACAAAUAUAUAUUGUAUUAGUACAUCCUAGAUACUACAACAAUACAAUGACAAGUCUAGAAGAGCUCGAGAACCAGUGCCUACCAAUUAGCAAGUUGAAGAAAUAUGCAACAGAAUGGGUUAUUAAAGUCUUAGUCAUUCGUCGGAGUUUAACAAAAGAGUAUAAAAAUACAAAUGGUGAAGGUAUUCGUUGGCAACUGAUAUUAGUCGAUGAAGAGGUAACUCUAUUAUAAUAUUUUGUUAUAUACAUUAUUUAAUAUGUUAACUUCUUUUGGAAUUCUAAUAAUAAUGCUCCUAACCAUAGGGUACAAAAAUACAAACCACUCUUUUCAACAAAGAUGUUCAUGCAUGGAAUAAGUCUUUUCAACUUAAUCAAAGUUACUACAUUAUAAGUGGAAAAUUAAAUCGACCUAAACCAAACUUCUUAUCCGUACAUAAGGAGCUCGAACUAGCAUUUAUGAACAACACCGAGGUCGUUGAGGACAAAAGUCAUUUUAAGACUGAUCAAUUUUCAAAUGGAUUUAUUACAUUUGAUGAAGCUGAAAAAAUCACUAAUGGAAGUUUGUUUGGUAAAUUUCACAAAAUGUUUAUUGUUUGUUCCAUACAUUAAGAAAAUAGGGUUUUUAACACAUUAUUUUGUAUAGAUGUGGUGUGUAUUUUACUCACAGUAAAAGCACUAACUGGAGAAGGACGAAGCAUUAGACGCGAAGUAAUCGUUACAAACGAAAGUCAUGACUUUAUGGGGAGACUUUGCUGAAAUCGAAGGUCAAAUGUUACAAAGCCUUGAAAGUGAAAAACCAGUUCUUGCCUUUUGUGAUGUAAAAUCAUCAAUUUAUCAAGGGGAUUUUGUCCUUUCCACAACUCCUGUUAGUAGUUUGCUUAUAAAUCCACAAUUUGAAAAAGCGAACAAUCUCCAAAAAUGGAAUGACAACAUGAAGGCAGAAAAGGUUGACAUAAGUCUAAUGCCAAGCAGACUGAUGCAAACUGCCCGUCAAGUGAAAAUUAGUAAUAUUUUAAAUGGUUCACUUGCCAUUGUGAAGUAACACCGACCCAUGAUAUCCUGGUUGCAACAAAUGCUACAAGCGAGUUACUGUUAUAAAUAGUGUUGCAACUUGUACCUACUGUAGAGCUGAAGAUGUUGAUUAUGAGGCGAGAUAUCGAUUAAAGAUUGAUGUCACUGCUGAGGAUCAAUUUCUAAGCAUUACAAUGUUUGAUGCUGCAAAAUACUAUUUUGGUUGUAACGUAAAAGAGUAUGUUCUCUCUCCAUCUGAAAAGAAAGAACAAUCACCAUACUAUCACAAGAUGGUAUUGAGUAAAGGGAAAGAAUUCAGUAUACUUGUUAAGAUUGAUCGUAAAUUCCCAGAUGUUGACACAAACAUGAAUGUGAUAGCUAUGGAGAUACAUGAGGUUUCCAAAAAAUUACCACCAGAUCAAACCAAGGUUAAAAUUCCAAUUACAAAACAAAGAAGCAAGAGGACGAAGAUACUAAGUGAUGAUGAAAAAAUGAAAGGAAUAGUUGCAGGCAUACCUCAUAUUGAAAAAGAUAUUGCAGCAGUUGAAACUGACAUUGAAAAUCCACACAAAAAAAAUACAUGCAAGAGGACUAACAACAUUAAGCAAGUCAUUGCAGAUGAUAAUCCACAGAAAUUGAGGAUACAUGAGGUAGAAAAACAUAUUGUACUAGAUGAAAGUGACGACGAAGCCCCACUAAUUCAACUACAAAGAAAAAGGACCAGGAAAGUUAAAGGAAAAAACAUCAUGCCCUAUCCGAUGGAAAAGAAGAUCAAAGAGGAAAAAAAUAAUAUAUAAUUGAUUUUAAAUUUCCUUAUUUUUAUCUACCAUUAUCUCCCUAAUAUUUAAAAACAACUUACAUUUUUUCACCAAGCAACUUCACCUAACAUCGCUUUUAUUUUUAGCUUACUUUCCUACAUCCAUGAAUUUUGUUAACUGUUUCACUAAACAUUCAAUGUAUGCAAUUUAUUACUUCAAAACAGAUCAACAACAAUCUUCUGCUGCAAUGUAUAUCCUCAUACAUAAAAAAAGAUCAAUGCUAAAUUACAUAUACUAAAUAGGAAGAGAUAAGAGAAGUGUCACACCAACAAUCCAAAUUUUAUCACCAUCAAAUCAACAAUGACACAUAACCAACAUCAAGGUGAUAAAGGAAAAAACAUUCCUUCUUCCAGUAAAACUCAUCAGCAUGACAACAAUAUAAAAAAAAGUUCAACCAACACAGAGAAAAGUCAAUUACAAAGCGCAUUGCAAAGAGUGGAUAAGUAUAUAUUAGCAACCCAAACAGUAUCACAUCUCGAAGAUGAACAUCCACGUUUGAAAAAGCAGCGUAAAAUCAAUUGGCUAUUUAGAGCAUUAUCUCAAGAGUCUGAAGUUAGAGGAAUUGUUGCUUAUAAAUUAUCUUUAUCAUAUCUGCACGUGCUGAAAGCCGUCCCAAAAUGUAUUUAUUGUGCUGCAAAAAGAUUGGAACAUGAACCUCCAGCAUUCUGUUGUGCAAGCGGAUAUAUCAAAUUGGCAAACACUGAAGCACCAACAGAACUAUAUGAAAUGUUUGUGGCAUCUACUCCAGACGCGGUAGAGUUUCGCAAAAAUAUUCAUGCAUAUAAUAGUAUCUUUGCUUUUACAUCUUUUGGUGUUAACCUGGAUAAGGAACUAGCAUCUGCAAAAAAAGGAGUAUACACAUUCAGGGCACAAGGUCAAAUUUAUCACGAUCUACCAUCGUUGCUACCACGUGAUAACAAUCCAUGUUACUUCCAACUAUACUUCUUUGAUACAGACAACGAAUUGACGAACAGGCUAUCGAAGGUGAAUGAAGGAAUUCUUUCAGACCAUAUUGCAACAAAAAUCAAACAGGUAAUGGAGAGUAACCCAUAUGCACAAAUAUUUUGCCAAUUAAAAAACCAAACAAGUUUCCACAAUUUUCAACUUCGUAUUGCUGCAAAUGCCUCUUUGGAUCAACGAGUGUACAACAGACCCUCGGUAAGUCAAGUAGCAGCAAUUUGGAUCAAUGGAAACAAUCCAAAUAUACCUUUUGAUCGAGAAAUAAUUGUUCAUGAGCACUCGGGGUACAAAUAUAGAGUAAAAAACUAUUUUGGUUGUUAUGACCCUCUUCAAUAUCCUUUGUUAUUCCCAAGAGGUGAAGGUGGAUGGCAUCAAGGAAUAAGAAAACAAAGCAAAAGACUGCCUCACAGAAGAAGUGCUCACUCACCACCUAUACUCAAUGAUAUUCCAACAUUCAUAUCAGCUGAUGCAAUAUUAGCCAACGAGGAUCAAGGUAAAAUAUAUUAGGGAAAAUACCCAAGUACCCCCUCAACCUAU